AUGGGCCCAAAGCCUUCAUCUGGUGGUCCAUCAGGAUCUGUCUCCGCGAAACGAAAUGCUGCUUCCGGCCCCGGCAAUGGCUCUGCCAGUACAAGCGCGAAAAGUGAUGUGUUCCGCCAAAAGAGAGCCAUGGUGCACUCGGCGCGACAUAUCCCAGCCCAGCCCGCAGACGCCGCUUUGAAAGAUGGCGAACUUGAUCUUCAGGCAUUUGUUGCCGCGCACGAGUUCGAGAUUCGCUCUCUAGAGCAGAGCAUGGCCACCUCCAAGUCCGUGAGUGCCAGCCGCGCAUUUCAGCAGGUGCCACGAGGAUUGCGCCGCCGCACAGCAAGCCAUAACCCCAAGAGAGUACCUCGAAGACUACGAACAAGAGCAAGAAAGGAGAUGGAAGAGGAUAAUACCCCUACAGUAGAAUCUAGAAAACGAAAGCCGAGAACAACAAGGGCGAGAAUACGGGCGGAGACUGCUAAGCGACUGGGUAUCCUGGCGGCUCGGAAACGAAAAAGAUUACUUCAAAAGGCCAAAAUUGCUCAAAAUGAAGGCAAAGAACCUCCAUCUGCGGUCGGCAACUUACUUAAACGACAACUCAAGCCGAAAAUUCGAAGGAACCAGCUCAACGACCCGCCCAAACCGGCGGCCAAGUUUCGAAAGAGACAGAUUAACAAGACUUGGCUCCCAACCCAUAAAUGGCACGCCAAGAGAGCGCGAAUGACGGAGCCUAAGAAUCCUCUUUGGCGUUUUGCCAUCCCGUUGACGCCUACGGAAAAGAUCUAUCGACCAACUCAUCGUGCUCAAGGCGAGAGAGGCACCAUGGUUUGGGAUACGAGUUAUAUGAGCACAAUUGGUCUAUAUGGAAGCCUCCAAAAAUUAGAGAAAAUCCUCAAGCAAAUUGGAGUUGAGCAAGAAUGGUGUUGGAAUGACAAAGGCAAGAAAUGGAGGAUGGGACUGAAAGCAUGGUCCGGCAAUCUUUCGCGGCAACGCGACGGUCACACGCGGCUGAUGUGUCCGGCCACUGUUUUGUGGAAUCCAGAGCCUUUGAACUCAGAUGUUGAAGCAGCAAGUACGGACCAGCAAAGUCGGCAACUCUAUAUUAGAAUCAGCCCCGCAGCAUUCCUAGAGGUGUUCACCGAACUGGUACGCCUCGCGAAAAUGAAGGGUUCAGGGGUAUAUGUCGAAGAUUUAAGAUACGAAAUUGGCAGCAUCGAAUUGACUGGUCCUGCGUCUACGGAAACCCUUUUAAGUACCAUCACACCCUACUCGACAAAGGAAAAGCCCAAGAACAGACACGCCAGCCUCUUUGGUUCUCUCAAAGGUCUAACUAAUCCCGCCUCAUUACCAGCAAACUCCGUUCUCGGAUUCCAGAUACAAGACCCUCGGCUACGACAUCCACCACGAAAAAUGGAAUUUGUCAAUGAUGCUGAAGCUGAGAACAAGCUUCUGGAGUUGUUGGCCCGUUGGCCUGCGGAAGAGGAGCUCGAACCCUACCGCCUAUUUGACCGAAACAACCGGUUCCAAGCAACAUGCUUACCUACGCAGCAGGCUAUCAACAAAAGACGAAGCGCAAUACUACCCGGAUCUUUUUUGAAAGCUGCUCAAACGGAUCCUCCCAUUCCUAUAAUCCUGAUUGCAUCUCGCUCACCUACGGGUAUGCAAGCCCAAGGAACGUGGACGCUGCUGAUGCCAUGGAAAUGCAUCUUACCAUUGUGGUAUAGCAUUGUUCACUGUCCUCUCGUAUCUGGGAUGAAUCCUCGGUUCGGUGGGCUGAACGAGACCAUGCAGGUUGCAUUUGAACGGGGUUUGCCAUGGUUCCCAACCGACUUUCUGGACACUGAUGCCGGGGCUGAGUGGGAGCUAGACCAACGGCAACAAAGGCAACGAGCAUACGACAGACGACCCAAGAGCAAGAGAAUAGAGUGGGCGACGGUGGACCUGGGCGCUGGCAGAAAAGGCGAAGUUGGCAAUCCUUUAGCCUGCGACUUUGAGUUUCUCUUCGGGUUACCGGCACCUCGAAAGCCUACGGCUGAGGAACCCGAGCUUGUUCAGGCAGACAAGUCAGACGACGAAGACGCCAUGGACGUAGAUGAAAAAGAUGCUGCGUCCCAAAAGACUCCGGACCCUCUCUCGUUGAAAUUGCUCAACUCUGUUACCGGAGCGGGCUUCGACAGGCUUGUUGCCUCUCCAGAUUCUCCGCCAACUAUACCACCAAAUGCAAUCAUGAAUGUGCGCGUCAACCUCUUAUCCCGAGGCGCAGUAACUACAUGCGCUCGAAUAUACAGGCUACCUCAGUCGCCCAUCCCUACACCAACGUCCUCGAACGCGGAAGUCCCAGCAACUAUACCCCAAGCCAGCCGUACCUCCUCUUUACCACACGAUCUACGCACCCAAUGGCUUUCCAAAGUCCCGUCAGGAUGUAAACCUUCGUCCCAAAGACGGCGCAACAACAACACGAAACCUACAGACAUGGAAUCUCGCAGGCGACUCCUCGCUCAAGAAUUAACAGCACCGCCAGCACCUUAUCCGCCCCCUGCACCAAACCAAGUCGACAUCGGCGGUCAUCCCCUUGUUCCGGACACAGCCGAUCUCAUUGGCUUUGUAACAUCCGGCUCAUAUUGUCUUCGGGACGGCAAAGCAGCAGCGAUGGGAAGUAUUGCCGUCGACAAAGUACUCCCAGGAGUGAAGGCGAGUCACAAAGAAGGACGAUUAUGUAUAGUACGCAAUGCAGGCGAGAAUGUCGGCUGGAUAGCAAGAUGGGAAGCAAUCUAG